AUGACAGAUCCUUCAGUCGAGAAAAAUUUAUUAAAAGAAUUUGACUCGCUCAUUACACCUGAUACGCCUGAGAAUCCGGUUCCCAACUAUGACGCCUAUGCAACAUGGAAUGAAACGGAUGUACCUGUUUCACCGACUCCCAUUAUUGUUUCGUCGACGUCAAAUCACCGAGAACGUAUCAUCGACAAUCUAUUUCCAUCAUAG